CAACGGCUAGACUCAGUACAGACGAUUUCUUCACACUUGACUCGGUUUCCCAUGGCUUUCGGUUGUUUAAAAAUCGUAUAAUUUAAAUAAAAUGGAUCAAAAUGAAAGUUUAAUCGUUAGGACAAUAUCUAAGAAAAGACAGAUUCUUGAAGUUCAAAACCAAAAACCCUGGCUUGUCUGUAAUCUAGUUGGAGCAUUAUUCCUAGCAUACUACCUGCAUUUAGAAGAUGAAUGUUAUGAAAUGACGUCCACCCUGCUGUGGUACUCCAGUUUGGUUGUUUGUCUUGUGUUUGUAUUGAAUUUUGCCAUUGGAGUCUUCUUCUAUGUGAAAAGGACUAAAAUUGACCCUCCGGUGAUUCUCAGUCCUCAACAAAAGAAGUUAUUAGGUGUAGGAAAUGAUGAAAUAGGAUUUGUCACAUCAACACCCACUUGCUCACCUAUUUUGAAACGACCACCUUCAAUUCCUUAUAUUCCUGUUGGAUCUUCACCAUCAACACCAGCUGUGAAGUAUCAACAAGCUGCAAACCAGUCUACAGGAAAUUCCUCCUUGCAAUUUCAAAAGGGAAGUAAUAGCUCAGUACUGUACACUUCACAAAAUUGGGAUCUGGAAGAUGAACUUUAUGAAGAAGAUUCUUUUAUGAAAAUGUGCAAAAGUGUUGAAAGAGAGGAAUUUCAAACAAGCAAAGGCCAAAGCCAAGAUGUCACUGGUAUGAGCACAACAGCCUCUUCCUGGCAUUAUUCCCCAUCUGCGUCAGGAAUAGCGGAUUUCUCUCCUCUUUUGAAAAAGUAUACGUACCAACUUUCUUUUACAGUACCAACCGCUGGAAUAAGUGGGGUCGACGAAAGUACCAGUACAAAAUCUCCUGCCAAAAUAAAAGGUCGCGAUGUAUGGCAACAGUUAGGGAUUUCUGAUUCUCAACUACUAGAAUAUAAUGAAAAAUUUCGACUAUGGCUUUCUUCGACUGUGCUUCAGCCAUUAGUUGCUGAAAUUAAUCGAAUUAAUGAAUCAUUGACAGCGCAUGGGUUAGCUGAUGCUAGAAUUGGUGAAUCGAGUUUGGAAAAAUUGCGCAAAACCUGUCAACUAGCCCCUGUAGCAGCUAAUAUACCUUCUCUUGUCGAAGUACUUCCUUACUUGGAGGUGACUUCUCACCAAGAUUACCUUGUUCGCUGCCUAAAUCAACUAGCAGCCGGAGGAUGCAUGGGUAAUUUCCGGUGGGAUGGAGGGGCUAAGCGGAAAGAUUUAGACGAUAGCUGCCCCACUGACAGUGCGGUAAUCAUGCAUUGCCUCGCUACUUAUCUAGACAGCCAACUGCCGGCUUUCACAGAUCGUCCAGAUAGACGCCCGUUUACCGGACAGUAUUUAGUGAAAUGCCCAGAGAAGCCACAACCGACUUCGAAUCCCCUAAUUGUCGAAGUCCAACUUAAUCCACCUUAUUACAAACUGGUCAUGGGGCCAGAUGAAUACGAACUUCCGAAGGGUCGAAACAACAUGCUGCAUACAGUGAUACUUUUCUUCUGGUUAGUUAAAACGAAAUUUGAAGGUCGCAUUGGACGAAUUACUCUAGGUGACGCCGGACUUAAUUUACUGUGGAUUUUCAAUUAAUGAUGACGUCUGUUAGUUAAUUUUAAAUGUUCAUAAGACAUUGACAGACUUCAAAAAAUCGACUCAAGUAAAACUGUUUUUCCCUUUUUGAAAUAAAUUUCUCACCCAAAA